CACACAACAGAUAAAUCCGCAAUGCGAUUAUGCAUUUGCACGCAAAAUAUAUGUAUAUAAAAUACUUUAUCAUUUCGUAGGAACAAACAAACCGGUGCACCUGCGCUUCGCGCGUGCGAUAAGGUUCACAAAUCUCUGAUAUCUCAAUUACAAUACGUUAAUCGCAUUAUCAAACCAAAAAAAUUAUGACAGAUUAUGACGAUGGCAUUUGAUAUAAGAUCGUAUAAAGCAGCAAACAAACUGACGAUAUAUUUAGUGGCGUCUUUAUACAUAUGUAAUAUAUAACACCACGCGCAAAAUCGCACAAUUUAUUUCGAUCCCAACAAUCCACGCAACUGCAAUCUCAUCAAAUGACAACGAUGCUACUGCCAACCUUUCUUUUCUCGAUUCUGGCGUUCGUUAGAACGAUGCCGAGUCUUCCAGUGUUUGAUCAAACGGAUAUCUCGUCGAUAGAUCACCGGAUAUCAGCAGCAAUCAACGAAUUCAUAGAUCCGCAAUCUCCCCUAGUCCACCCAGACGCGGAUCUUACCACUCUGGAAUUAGUGAACAAAUACGGCUACAACGGUCAGCUACACAAAGUAACCACAUCUGAUGGUUAUAUUUUGGAAUUACAUCGAUUAACAGGACGAGCAAAUUCGAGUAAUUCGGAAGUGCAAAAGCCUGUUGCGUUUGUUAUGCACGGCCUUUUGUGUAGUUCGGCAGGUUGGGUCGUUGCUGGGCCCGAGAAAGGUUUAGCAUACGUUUUGUCGGAUGCGGGAUAUGACGUGUGGCUUGGUAAUGCGCGUGGUUCCUUGUAUUCGCGUGAACAUGUGUCUUUGUCUGUCCUUGACAAAGAGUAUUGGGAUUUCAGCUGGCACGAAAUCGGCACGCGCGAUCUUCCUGCGAUAAUAGAUUAUAUCCUGAAGACCACCGAUCAAGAAAAGCUGUUUUACUUGGGUCAUAGCCAAGGUACCACAACCUUCUUUGUAAUGGCUAUAGAGGUACCCGAAUACCAGAACAAGAUCCAGGCGAUGUUUGCCAUGGCUCCUGUCGCUUAUUGCGGCAGAAUAACGAGUGCAGUUAUGCAGCUUCUUGCAAGGUUCAUGGAUUCCAUUGACAUGGUGUUGAAAUUUUUCGGUCUAUAUGAAUUCAUUCCUACCGACGAAGGGAUGAAAGAAUUCCAAAAAUUAAUAUGUGCGGAAGACGCCAUCACGCAACCCUUCUGCUCGAAUCUGCUCUUCCUAAUCGCUGGAUAUAACAAGGAGCAGUUUAAUAAGACUCUUUUACCGAUAAUCUUGGGACAUAUUCCCGCUGGUGCAUCAACGAAGCAAAUAAUGCAUUAUGCGCAACUUGUCAAAAGUGGACAGUUUAGACAAUACGAUUAUGGAUGGCUCGAUAAUAAAAGGAAAUACGGUUCAUUUAGUCCACCGAUUUAUGAUCUAAAAAAAAUACAAGUACCAGUCUCAUUGCAUUACAGCAGCAACGAUUGGUUGGCGAACAUUAAGGACGUGAAUAAAUUAUACACAGAACUUGGCAAUCCUUACGGUAAACUCCGAGUUCCACAUGAUAAAUUCAACCAUUUGGAUUAUAUGUGGGCUAACGAUGUAAAGAGCCUUCUGUAUGACAAGAUACUAAGCCUAAUGACACAUUUCCGAAAAUAAACAUCCGAUUGUUUAUAGUAAAACUUUGCAAAAAUUAAUGUACAAUUUUUUUGAGGGAAGGGGAGGAGAGAUCGCGCAAUAACAUCCCUCGAUAUUUUUCCUUGCUUAUAUGCGUAUUGGAUCAGUGGCAAGAAAAUGGAUCGACACUCGACCAUUAUUACAGAUCAAGCGAUUUGCGAUUAUCGGAUAAAUCCUCUCUGCCACUGAGCGAAUACCAGGUUCUUUUCUAUUCGCCCUAACAGCAUAAAGUAUUCUAUGAAAAAAAAAACUUAUGAUAAUGUUUGCGAGGAAUUAAUAAUAAUUUUUUUAGUUGCGUGUCAUUUUCUACUUGCGUCCCAAAAAAAUUUAAUCUGUAAUAUAAUUAAAGUUUCACUUUCAAUCGAAUCUAAGUUCAACCAUGGCAAACUAUAUAUAAGCAAUAUUUCAAUACUCCUGCGAUAUUAUCUAUUUCUCUAAUUGUUCCAAAUUUCAGUUAUCAAGAAUAAUGUGAUAAUAAAUUAAUGAAUAUAAAAUAUUUUCUGAAGAAAAAUGUAAAAAAAUAUUUUUGUAGCUUUUUAACUCGUGUCUUUAUAAGAUUGAAAAGCAUAUAUCUAUGAUUGUAUCUAUAAUUAUAUACUAACAAUAUAUAAUUAUGUUAAAAAUCAAAUAAUGUAUCAAUAAGUUGAUCUAAAAUGGAUAUUAAUAAAUAUAAUAUUACUGUUAUCGAUCUUAAUUUCAAUAAAAUGAAGAAAGCGCAUAUAUAUUUUACAGAAAAAUAAUUCUAAUAAUUCGAAAAAUUAUUAGGAGGUUGUAAAAGAAGGUAAACAUCGCUUUGACAUGUACAAGAAUAUACAUAUAUAAAUACAAACGUGUGCGUGAUAUUGCAAAAGCGCCCAUAUAUUGGUAGUUAGGGACGGAGAUAUAGGUGAAAUAUAGGCGAACUUAACAAAGUUACACAAAUUAUACAGGACACCACAGGUAGUUAUCUAGUCGGUCAUUCUAUAUUGUGAGUCGCAAGGUUGAAUUUUAUCGAGAGAACGCAUUAUUGAUGUCUCGCAACAUCAUGUGCGUAGGUGUCCAUGUGUGCGUAGGAUAGGAAGCUGUCGUAUGCGCGCGAAUACGAGUGUCCGCGAUUACAAUCCAUUUUCCCCUCUCUGUUAUUUUAGCUUCAUAAUUUUCGAAAAAAUUCGACCUCAUGAUAUUCAAUAUCGCACUUUUUAUAGGAUAAUUUCGCUUUCCGUUCUACCUAAACUACCUGUACAUUUUGCGCCUCGCAGAAAAGGAAAGUACAUCGUUUCGUUGUGUGGAACUGAUUUUUAUUGUUAAGCACAAUAAUAUCCAUCUGCUUUUACCGCAUCUUCUGCAUGCAGACUCGAUCGCGAAAGUAUAUCUCGAGAUCGGCGAUGGUGGAAAAUACAGAGUGAUUCCCACGUCGAGAAGCUCGACUCUCCAAAAAAUACGUACAUUGUCAUACUAGUGACACAUUUAGUUUUUUACUUAUUAGAUCGUAUCUUCGAGAUAAUACGAAAAAUAUUUCAAUUUCAGAUACUUUGCAAUGUUUUGAAAUGUUGGCAAGCGAGUAUGACAACCGCUGCCUUAACAGCGUAACAGGUUCUUCGGCAGGUUCAUUUAGAACAUCUAUUAACAACAUACUUCUUGAACCAAUCUCAUGUAGCAAGUACGGCGAAAGCAUAACGUACAUCAUAUAACACCGUAAAAGUACAGCUCACAUCCUGUGUGUUACUAUUUAUAUAUGCAAUAUUUAUGCAUCUCAAUAAAACUGCUGGAAUAUAUGUACAAUAUAAAUAAAUUAAAAAGAACAUAAUAACAUGUUAAUCAACUCAGAUAUUUUCAGAUAUUCUCGGUAACAAGUCGAUUUUCAGUAUUUGAUUCUUUUUUUUUUUUAUAUCCGUCAUGGUUUUACUUUUGAACACUUUCUGCUACACAUAUUUGCUACUUAUAAAAGUGGCAUUGUGUGAAUAUUUCUAUUAAAAAAAAAAGGAUUAUGCAUGGUGUGAUAGUAUUUUUGUUAUUAUUUAAUAGUCAGUCUAAAAUUUGAACAAUGUAGCAACGUUUAUGAUAAUCAAAUACUGCAUGAAAAAUUGUUUGAAGAUUGCACUAUAUAUAAAUAGUAUAUUAUAUGUAUAAUCUAUAUUUAUUAUAUAUAUAUAUAUAUAUAUAUAAGUACCAUAAUAUGGAGUGUUGAAUAUUACAUAAAAGAUAGAAUUUAAUGAGCAGAAGGUGAUAUCUUUUUUCUCUGGAAACGAAUGUUAUACCCCAAGUAUACAUCGUCUCGAGAUAAAAUUUUCUUUUUUUGCCUUUUUUGCAUUGUAAUCUGUGCACAAUAUAAAAAUUAUGAAGGUAGAGCAAUGAACGAGUCAGAUAUUGUUAUUUAAUAGCAUGUUAGUUUUAUAUCGAUCGAAAUAAAGUUGUUAUUAAUAAGAGUACGUGUACGAUAAUGAUAUCGUACAUCGCGAGAGAGAUUGAGCUCUUUUUUUUUU